UCUCACUGAACUUCCCCUGUUUCAGUCAUGGCCGCCUCCCAGUCCUGUUCCGCGGACCAGCUCUCCCAACUCCUUGGCCCUAACGCCACCGCCGCCGCCACCUACAUCUGCGGGCAGUUCACCUCCGUCUCCAACAAUUUCACCAGCACCGCUUAUGCCAUCGACAACACCUACCUCCUUUUCUCAGCAUAUCUCGUUUUCUCUAUGCAGCUCGGCUUCGCCAUGCUCUGCGCUGGCUCUGUUCGCGCUAAAAACACCAUGAACAUCAUGCUCACCAACGUCCUCGACGCUGCUACUGGGGGCUUGUUCUAUUACCUCUUCGGAUUUGCCUUCGCCUUCGGCGGCCCAUCAAAUGGGUUUAUCGGCAGCCAUAAUUUCGCCCUGAAAUCGAUUCCCUCGUCGUCGAUUGAUUACAGCAAUUUUCUUUACCAGUGGGCUUUUGCGAUUGCGGCCGCAGGAAUUACCAGCGGGUCCAUUGCGGAGAGAACCCAGUUCGUAGCCUACCUGAUUUAUUCUUCCUUCCUAACCGGAUUUGUCUACCCGGUGGUGUCUCACUGGUUCUGGUCCGGCGAUGGGUGGGCGAGCGCUCUUAAUACUAAUGGUGAUUUCCUAUUUGGUUCAGGGGUCAUUGAUUUUGCUGGAUCCGGUGUGGUCCACAUGGUCGGAGGUAUCGCCGGUUUAUGGGGCGCACUAAUUGAAGGACCCAGAAUCGGCCGAUUCGACCACUCCGGUAGAGGAAUCGCCUUACGGGGUCACAGUGCGUCACUCGUCGUCAUUGGAACUUUCAUGCUCUGGUUUGGGUGGUACGGGUUCAACCCGGGAUCUUUCAACAAAAUCUCUGUCACGUACCCCGACUCCCCGGGCUACUACUACGGUCAAUGGAGCGGCGUUGGCAGAACAGCCGUCACCACCACAUUAGCCGGUUGCACUGCGGCACUCACCACGCUUUUCGGGAAGAGAAUUCUGUCAGGCCACUGGAACGUCACAGAUGUGUGCAACGGCCUGCUCGGUGGGUUCGCUGCCAUCACCGCCGGAUGCUCCGUGGUGGAGCCAUGGGCUGCCAUCAUAUGCGGGUUCGUGGCAUCCCUCGUCUUGAUCGGUUGCAACAUGCUGGCAGAGAAGUUCAAAUACGACGACCCAUUAGAGGCGGCGCAACUGCACGGCGGCUGCGGAGCCUGGGGGGUAAUAUUCACGGCGCUGUUCGCAACAGAGAAGUACGUUAAAGAAGUGUACCCAUCAAGGCCACCCAGGUACGGACUAUUCAUGGGCGGUGGAGGUAAGCUGUUGGCAGCUCACGUCAUACAAAUUCUAGUAAUCACCGGAUUUGUGAGCGCCACCAUGGGAACCCUGUUUUUCAUCCUCCACAAGCUAAAGCUCCUCCGGAUCUCGGCGGAGGAUGAAAUGGCGGGAAUGGAUAUUACCCGGCAUGGAGGAUUUGCAUACGUUUACCAUGAUAAUGAUGAUUCACUUAAGAAUGGGAUUCAGAUGAAGAAAAUUGAGAAUGCUCCAACUCCUCCAUUAACAGUCUAGGAAAUUACUCAUAUUCAAUUUUUAUUUAAUUUGAAAUCUUUUUUUUUUUUGUUUUUCUUUAGGAUUUACUCAUAAAUCCUAUCAUUAGUAGAAAUUAUUGGGUUUUGAGAUAUUUUUGUGUAAUAAUUGAAUUGGAGGAUGAAGAGUUUUGUGGGUGGGGCGGUUGAUGUUGAAGAUAAUGAAGACGUGAUGUAAAAUGGUUUGUACUUUCUUCAUAAAGCAUGAAAAAUGUGGGGCUUGGCGGUGGAGAAUUCUUGGUCUGUUUCAGUCAAUGUUGGGUGGCCGCGCUAGAACGCGACUGUCUGUUUUUUAGACGGGAUGGUUUAUUUUGUAGUUUGAUAUAAUGAUUUAGGUUGUGUUAUAUUAUAAAAUAUAUUUUUUUAA